AUUGAAGUUGAAACUGACUGUUAUAGUUACUCACGUGGUUUGGUUCAUUAUUUUGUUGUCGUUUUUAUUAGCACUUGGAUUUUAAGUCAUGGGAAAACUUAAAACAAGCAGAGUUAAAAAAUCAAAUAUACAAAGAACCAAAUUGAAGAAGCAAGGGAAACUUAAGUAUACCAGAAAUAAAAAAACUAUUGUCAAACCUCAACAACCUGUCAAACAUGAAGAAGAAGAGGAGGAAGAGGUUGAAAGUGAUCAUGGUGAAGACUUCUUAAACAUGGUUGAACCUGAUGACUUAGAUUUCUUGAAAAAAGCUGUGGUUGAAGGAAAUUAUUCCAUGUUCAAGGGAGCACAAUUUAAGAAGGAAAAAAAAUCAUUGAAGCAAAAAAAAGAAGAUGAAGCAGAUAUAGAGGAAGAAUACGAGAGAAAUAUUGAUGAAAGCACUAUAAAUAAGAAAGAGAGACUGUUAUUACCCAUCAAAUCAAAAGGAACUAUUAUCAAAAGAGCUGUCAUUGAGGAGGUUAAAGAUGAAGACGAAAUGGAACGUUCUUUAAAAAAAUCGAAUGAUGAAAAUGAUGAUGAUGAUGAUGAAGGUUUAGGAGAUGAAUCAAAAGAAGAUGAUAUAAAAAUAGAAAAAAUGGAAAGAGAUUUAUCCAAACCUGUCAGCAUCGCCGAAAUGAUGGCCUGGCGGGAACAGCUAAUGGCUCAAUACAAGUUCAAAAUAGGUGUUUUAUCAAGUGGUUUAUUAGAAGAUCCGCAACACAAGAUCAUGAACAUUGCGAGACUGUUGGAGUUGUAUGAUGAAUGGCACCCUGAACUUCAGGUGACUCUUAGAAAACUGGUUUUAGUUUCCCUUGCAGAAGUUCUUAAAGACAUCAUUCCGUCCUAUCAAAUUAAGCAUCAGGAAAAUCCGGAUGUCAGGCAAACAAAGGAACUUCAGAAUUAUGAAAAAAGCCUUCUAAAAGGUUAUCGUGGCUACCUACAAAGACUAGAAAAAGUUGCUUCGAGGCUAUACCAUAAGAAAGGUGACACUAGAGUAUGGACAAAGGCAGACAUAAGUCUUGGAGAACUUUCCAUAAAAUGUCUUUGUGAAUUAGUUAUGGAACAUCCUUACUUCAAUUACAGUACUAACAUAAUACGAGUCAUUAUCCCAUAUCUGGACAACAAACUUUCUUCUGUCAGGGAACAAGUAUCAAAAGCUGUUAGGCAUGUGUUUAUUAAUGAUAAGAGGGGAGAAAUUACUUUAGAGAUAGUUCGAAGGAUAAAUCAUUUGGUGAAAAGUCGAAAACAUUCUGUCAGGCCUGAUGUAAUAUUAGUUCUGUCUUCUUUGAAGAUCCAGGAAGUUAAUCUUGAACAAAUAAAAGAGGCAGAGGUUAAAAAGAAAAAACUUGAAGAGAAGAAAAGCAGAGUUAUUAACUUAUCAAAACGGGAGCGUAAAAUCAUGUCUGACAGUGAUUUGAAAGUUAAGGAACAAUUGAACUGUGUCCUCACUGUUUUUAAAAUUCUUUCUGGACAAGGAGAAACACUUACUAUCGAUCCUAAUAAGUUUUAUGCCCAUCUUUAUCGGAAUAUUUACAAUAUUGAUGCAGGUGUGAGAGGUGCUAAUAGUCAACUUCUGAUAGAAUGCUUGGAGCACGUUAUUUUAGGCAGAAGAAGAAAACUCAGCGUUGCCCGACUUCUUGCCUUUGUUAAGAGGAUGAGUGUGGGGAGCCUGCAAAAUGAACAUCAUACAGUUUUAGCUUUGCUGAACAUUGUGAAGCAUGCACUGCAGAACAACAAAGCUCUAGACAUUCUUCUUGAUCUGGAUACUAGUGUGGGACAAGGCGUUUACCUCUACGAGCUUGAUGAUCCAGAAUAUUGUAAUUCGGAAAACACUGCUCUAUAUGAGAUGACUUUGUUAAAGAAACAUUAUCACCCUACUGUUCGAUUACUUGCUCAACAUAUUAUCAGUGGAGUCCCUGCAACAGGAAUCGGCUCCCUACCUUCUGAUGUUGCUAAGUUAUCAUGCAAGGAAAUAUACAAUGAAUAUGACCCAAGUCAGGUUGCAUUCAAACCUGCGGUUCCCAUACCUAGGACAAAUCGGAACAUUUCUGUCAUUAAAUCUUCUACUAUCCGUAAUAAAGAACUUUCUAUUCUUUGUGAUAAAGUGAUGAAUACAUCAUUUGAAGCUGAUUUUUCCGAUAUCUUACAGAAAAAGAAGAGAUUAAAAAGGGAAUAAAGGAGUAUUGGAUGUAAAUAAGAAAUAAUUAUGUAAAUAUCGUAUCUUUUAUUAAAAAAAAAAAUACAUGAAGUUAUUGUUUUUCUUGUUUUCCCAUUUCAUUUAUUAUCUUCUCAAUUCUUCCAACGAGUUUAGGAAAGCCUGGAUCCAAAAUACACAACCUUACUGCAUCUUCUAAUGGGUAGUCGCUGGGUAUGCUAUCUGGAGCUGGAAGGCAUUCUUCGUCUUUCAAAACUUUGGCCAACAUUUCUGGUAAUGUAACAUCGGAUUUAGACCCUUCUAAGCCGCCAACUUCCAUGCACUUCUUCAGAAAAUUCGCACAGUCUAUACCGUCAGAUAAAGAAGAAAAUAAUACUCUGAACUUGAGAAUAUUGUCCUGACAUUUGACAGCUAUAACUAAAGUGCCAUUUUUAUAUACACUUUUUAUCAUUUUAUUCCCUGGAGCAAGGAAAAGCGAUUCUAAAACCACAUCACCAUGUAGGACAAUCAGUUGUAAUUCCUGGAUCAUUAAAGCCAAGAUCUUGUUAGGUUCAGUAUUAGUUAAUUUCCAAUUUCCCUCCUCCCACCUGGCAUGUUUGGAAAGUUUCCAUUUCACUAUAUUCAUUGUUAGAUAAUUAAAUGAGGACGUCUUAUAACAGUGUGGCCAACUUAGAAAUUCUUACUGUAUCCUUGUUUUUAUUAUAGACUGGGGCAGAAAUUAUAUAUUAUGCUAAGUUCAUCGUUCUAUUUCCAUAAUUUGGAGGAGGAAAAACAAAAUUGUAUAAACUCAAAUAUAUUUUCAACAAUUUUAUAGUUCUAAUAAUAAGGUCUUCCAAAUACUGGUUGCUUUCUAACGAACGCUGAUGGGCUUUUGAUGCAGCAGUGCAUGGGUAUUAUUAUAAUUGGAAUAGGGACAUUCA